CAUGGCGGAAGUGACGCAGUUGCUGUGUUUCCGGUGGCUGGUCCGUCUACUCGAGCGUCAGGAGCGGAUCGGUUCGGUUCGAUUAAUCGCAAUCAGAAACAUAAACUCCACACGUCAGAUGUCGUUCGGUGUCCCGCACGGCGGCGGCCGGCGCAGUAAAUGGGACCAGGCCGGUCCGGUGUCGUCUGGAGAGGCUGAUGGAGGUUCGGCUCCGACCGGAGCUCUGGACGCUGCCGCCGCCGUCGCCGCUAAGAUCAACGCCAUGCUGGUGGCCAAAGGCAAACUCAAACCGUCUCAGAUCAGCAGCGCUGCUCCCACAGAUAAAGUUGCAGGUGUUGGUGGUAAUAAGGUGAAAGAUGAUCUGGUGGUGGCCGAAGUGGAGAUUAACGACGUCCCGCUCACCUGUCGAAAUCUGCUGACCCGCGGACAGACUCAAGAUGAGAUCAGCAGAGUGAGCGGUGCAGCCGUGUCCACCAGAGGACGUUACAUGACAGCGGAGGAGAAGAGCAAAGCGCUGCCCAGUGACCGUCCGCUGUAUCUACACGUCCAGGGACAAACCAGAGACUUAGUGGACAAGGCCGUUAACCGGAUAAAAGAGAUCAUUACUAAUGGUGUAGUGAAAGCAGCCACUAACUCAAGCUACAGUGGAGCGACGGUCACCGUUUACCAGCAGCCUGGACCCGCUCCUCCACCCACAAUCCCCCCUGCCGCUCACAAAGCACACUAUCCAGGAGGAAUGCAUUAUGUGCAGGAUAAGGUGUUUGUGGGUCUGGAUCAGGCCGUCCAGGGGUUCUGUGUGAAGGAGCGUGUGGAGGGGCCCGGCUGCUCGUACCUGCAGCACAUUCAGGCCGAAACCGGUGCCAAAGUCUUCCUAAGGGGCAAAGGGUCCGGCUGCCUGGAACCCGCGUCCGGACGAGAGGCCUUCGAGCCCAUGUACAUCUACAUCAGUCACCCAAAACCAGAAGGACUUGCUGCUGCAAAAACCCUGUGUGAAAACCUCCUGCAGACCGUUCACGCUGAGUAUUCUCGAUUCCUGAAUCAGAUGAGCAGUGUGAUGCCCACACAGGGUUUCAUUCAGCCUCCUGCCGUUAACGGGAUCCCGCCGCAGCCUCCGUAUUACCCUCCCGCGGGCUUCCAGCCGUCCUAUCCCGCCCCCGUCCCGCCGCCUCAGCCCGUCGCUCCUCAGUAUCCGGUGGCUCCUGCGGCUCCGGCCCCCGUCCCCCCCCCGACCGGACAGUAUCCCAUCACUCCCGCGCCCGCGAGCGUCCCGGCACAGACUCUUCCUCCCGCUCCGUUUCCUCCCGCCGCGCCGGCUCCGCCCAAACCCUCGGCUCCGUCCAACCCGCCUCAGAAACGGCGCUUCACGGAGGAGGUGCCGGACGAGGCGGACAGCGGCCUGCUGGGAUAUCAGCAUGGACCCAUUCAUAUGACUAAUUUAGGUGCAGGCAUGUCUGUGGGCAGCUCUGAGGCGUCAGGACCCCUGUCUGCUGCUUCCUCGGGGCCUGUGAGAGAAAGAGACAGUAGCAGCAGACUCAUGCCGCCUCCGUGCGCACCGGCGCCAGUCAACGGGCCGAGAGCUCAGAAGGCCGACGAGAAGACGCCAGCGCCGAGCCUCCUGGAGCCGCAGGUGAAGCGCGCACGGACGGGGCUGGUGGCGUACGCCGGCGACUCCUCCGACGAAGAGGACGACCACGGACCCUCCAAAGCGGCCGGGGCGGCAGGUAACGCGGCCUCGGGAUGGACGUACCGCUGCCCGUCGUCGCCGCCCUCGCGGCCCAAAACGCAGACGCCGCAGACGCAGACGACGCAGCAGCAGCCCAUGCCCUUCUGGAUGGCACCGUAAACACAAUCACAUACACACACACACACACACACAAACUCUCCUGCCUCCUCAAGACUGUCCUGUGGGAUUAUGGGUGGACGGAGGCGUGUCGGCCGCAGGAUCGCGUGUCUAACGGCGGCUGUGCUUUAAUUUCUCUUCAUCCGUUUGAUUUGUAAAGUUACUUCCUCUGUGAGAUUCUCUUGACAAUAAACACACGCUUUGACUCACACACA